AAUAUUAUUGAUGUAACAAGUUUUGAUAGAGAAGUCGCUAACAAGCUAGCUUUAGCUUGUGAAGUUUGAGAGAUAGCUUGUAGUAAUUGAUCAUAUUUGUUUUUAGAGAACAAGACAAUUAUAGUACUAUAACAUGGCAGUGAGCGCAGUUCACCUUGAAUCAGAUGCCUUUUUGGUUUGCAUGAAUCAUGCAUUAAGUACCGAGAAGGAGGAAGUAAUGGGACUCUGCAUCGGGGAGGUGGACACCAACCGCAUCGUCCACAUUCAUUCUGUUAUUAUUCUCCGACGCUCAGACAAGAGGAAGGAUCGCGUGGAAAUUUCGCCCGAGCAGCUAUCUUCAGCGGCUACCGAAGCUGAGAGGUUGGCUGAAAUGACUGGACGGCCGAUGCGUGUAGUUGGUUGGUACCACUCUCACCCCCACAUCACUGUGUGGCCAUCACAUGUGGAUGUGAGGACACAGGCCAUGUACCAAAUGAUGGACCAGGGCUUUGUUGGGCUGAUAUUCUCCUGCUUCAUUGAGGAUAAGAACACAAAAACCGGUCGAGUUCUCUACACCUGCUUCCAGUCUGUCCAAGCCCAGAAAGGCUCAGAGUACGAGAGAAUCGAGAUCCCAAUUCAUGUGGUUCCACACGAGGCCAUUGGGAAAGUGUGCCUUGAAUCAGCAGUGGAGCUCCCCAAAAUCCUCUGCCAGGAAGAGCAGGACACCUACAGAAAGAUUCACAGCUUAACUCACCUGGAUCUGAUCACGAAGAUACACAAUGGCUCAGUGUUCACUAAGAACCUGUGCAGCCAGAUGUCUGCUGUGAGUGGUCCCCUGCUGCAGUGGCUGGAGGACCGUCUGGAGCAGAACAAACAGAACAUCAUUGAGCUGCAGCUGGAGAAAGAGAGACUAACUCAGGAGCUGGCAACCAUGUGAGAGGGAGAGAGUUAAGAAAUAGACAUGUGGGCCUCCUGAGUGGCGCAGUGGUCUAAGGCACUGCAUCGCAGUGCUUGAGGCGUCACUAGAGACUCAGGUUUGAUCCCAGUCUGUGUUGCAGCCGGCCGCGACUGGGAGACCCAUGAGGCGGCGCACAAUUGGCCCAGCGUCGUCCGGGUUAGGGGAGG